AUGGUAGAUUUAUGUAUUAAGUUACUCCUGGUAACAUUAUGUCUACAAAUUAUCCCAUAUGAAUGUCAAAUUAAUGUUGUUACUAAAGUUAAUAACAGUGGUUUGUCCAAUGAAUCGACAAACGUAUCAACACUUUCUAAUCCUGUGGAGUCAGUUUCACUUCAUUAUUGUCGUUCAGCAAGAGGAAUUAAUCAGUCUGAUCCGAAUUCAGUAUUGAAAGAUGAAAAUAUCAUCAAAGUUGUAGAACAUUCUCAACAAUCAAAUGUAAUCAAUAUGAGAAAUGGAACAAAAAAUCAUUCAGACGACAUUGUACAUUUAAAAUAUGAUCAACCUAUCAAUAAUCAAGCAGGCUCACUAUUUGAUUUACCCGUGCAAGUAAAUCCUAAAGCCGUUUUAGACCUCUACUCUGAUAUAAAAAAGAAGGGACUUGCAAGACGAAUUGUAAAAAGGAAAAAAAUAAGAUAUGGAGAAAGUGCAAACAACAAUAAAACGAAUAUGAAAAUUAUCACACGACGUAUUAAACGUGUUUUGGAAAAGAUACAUUCAGAUAACGCAUCUUCAGCAGAAGCUGAGAAUAAAAGAACUGUAGUAAGAGUAAAAGGAAAAAAGAUUGCGAACACUGAAGAUACUAAUACAUUAAAUGAUUGGAAAAGUUUACUUCGUAGAAAAAAAGAAGAUAUGAAACGUGUAUUAAUAAAACGAGUUAAAGCAAAAAAGAGUGAUGAGGAAAAUGAAAUAAAAUCUACAAAAUCUAAACAGAGAAUUAUUGUGAACAAAAUCAGAGGUCAUUUACGCAAUUUAACAGAUAAUGAAAAGAAACGUAUUCGUAUUAGUAAGUUAUUAUAUUGUUUCCAUUUUUAA